AUGACCGGCGACAGCUCGGGCCUCACCGGCAGCCAGCCCAAGGUGUCGCUGCGGGCCAUCCGCAAGGUGCUGAUCGCCAACCGCGGAGAGAUUGCCCUCAGGCUGAUCCGCACCUCAAAGGCACUCGGCCUGCAGACAGUGGCCAUCUACACCCACGACGAUGCCGGGGCGCCCCACGUCACGGCCGCCGACGAGGCCUUCCUGCUCGAGGGUAGGGAGUCGGAGGGCAAGGGCUAUCUCGACCAGGCGGCCAUCGUCGACCUCUGCGAGCGGACCGGCGCCACCUGCAUCCUGCCCGGGUACGGCUUCCUCUCGGAGAACCCCAAGUUUGCCGCUCUGGUCGAGUCCAAGCCCGGCCUGAUCUUUGCCGGACCGCGCGCCGAGACCAUCGAGUCGUUUGGCCUCAAGCAUAGGGCUCGGCAGAUGGCCGAGGAAGCGGGCGUGCCGUGCGUGCCCGGAUCGGACCUGCUCCGCGACGCUACCGACGCCCUCUCGGAGGCGGAGCGGAUCGGAUACCCCGUGAUGCUCAAGAGCACCGCGGGCGGCGGCGGCCUGGGACUCCAGGUCUGUCGCGACCGCGCCGAGCUCGAGGGCGCGUAUGCCAAGAUUGCCAGCAGAGGCCAGGCCCUCUUCGGCGACGCCUCCGUCUUUAUGGAGCGUUACGUCGAUUCGGCGCGCCACGUCGAGGUGCAGAUCUUUGGCAACGGCCAGGGAGAUGCCAUCCACUUUGGCGAGCGAGAGUGCAGCAUCCAGAGGAGGCACCAGAAGGUCAUCGAGGAGUGUCCCUCGCCCUUUGUCCAGCGCACGCCCGGGCUGCGGAAGCGAAUCACCGAAUGCGCAGUGUCGCUGGCCAAGCUGGCAAAAUACCGUGGUGCCGGCACGGUGGAGAUGCUCGUCGACGACGCCGAUGCGAGCUUCUACUUCCUCGAGGUCAACGCGCGCCUUCAGGUCGAGCACUGCGUCACAGAGCUCUGCUACGACACCGACCUCGUUGCGCUGAUGUUGAUGCAGGCCGACGAGGAGCUGUCGGGCAAGGGUGGCAUCGACUCGUCGACCCUGCUCUCGCUCCAGAAGGACGCCCCCCAAGGCGCCGCCAUCGAGCACCGCCUAUACGCUGAGAACCCGAUCCGCGAUUAUGCGCCGACUCCGGGCCUGCUCCAGGUAAUCGAGUUCGCCGCCGACUCGGUGUCCAAGGCGCGCAUCGACGGGUGGGUCUCGAGCGGCACGACCGUCUCGGCUUCGUACGAUCCGCUGCUGGCCAAGAUCUGCGUGUGGGCCAAGAGCCGCGAGGCCGCCAUAGACGACGCCCGCACGCUGCUCCGAGCGUCCAAGGUCCAGGGCACGCCGACCAACCUCGGUCUGCUCCAGGCCAUCGUCGAGUCGGACAGCUUCGCGCGCGGGGACACGCUGACGUCGUUCCUGACGCCGAAGUCGAGCUUCCGCUACGCUCCCUGCGCCCUCGAGGUCAUCAGCGGCGGCAUCAGCACCACCGUCCAGGACUACCCGGGAAGGCGCGGCUUCGGUCACGGCGUGCCCGAGGCCGGCGCCAUGGACCCGCUCUCGCUGCGCAUCGCCAACUGCCUGGUCGGGAACAAGGACGGCGCCGAGGCGCUCGAGAUCACCCUGGCUGGGCCUGAGCUCCUUUUCCACGCGCCGGCCAUCGUCGCACUUGCCGGUGCUGAGAUGGACAUGUCGCUGGACGGCAAGGAGGUGGCGCCCUACUCGCGCAUCGUCGUACAGGUAGGUUCCCGCCUCAAGAUCGGCAAGGUGCCCGCUGACAAGGCCGGCUGCCGUGCCUACCUUGCCAUCCGCGGCGGCUUGCCGCAGGUGCCCAUUUACCUGGGGUCCAAGUCUACCAGCCCGUCCCUCGCGGCAGGCGGCUUCCAGGGGCGUGGCCUGUUGGCCGGUGACACCCUUGACCUCGAUAAGGCCUCGAGCGAGUUGGCCGCAUCGGGCAAGGUGGCGCCCUUCAGCUUGCCACAAAAGCUGUGGCUGUCAAGGAGCUUCGACCAGUCGCGCUCCGAGCGUGGCUGGCAGAUCCUCUGCAUCACUGGUCCAUUCGACGACGACUCCUUUAUGACGGCCAAUGACCGCAAGAAGCUGUACGGCGCCACCUGGAAGGUGACCCACCAGGCGAGUCGGACCGGCAUCCGCCUCGGUGGCGACCGUUUCGAAUGGGCUCGCUCCGACGGCGGCGAGGGCGGCUCUCACCCUUCCAACGUGCUCGAGUUUGGCUACUCGGCGCGCGGGAUCAACAUGAACGGAGACGUGCCCGUAAUCCUGGGCAAGGAUGGCCCGGACCUCGGCGGUCUGCUGAUUUGCAACACCAUCAUCUCCGCCGAGUGGCGCGACGGCCAGCUCAAGCCCAACGACUCGUUGCACUUUGUGCCGGUCACAUUUGACCAGGCCAAGGAGCUGUCGGACCGGAUCGAGCGCUUCCUCGAAGGCGUCAAGGCGGCUGCAGAGUCGGGCGAGGCGGGAAGAGUCAGCUCCCUCGAGAUGCAGGUCGAGGGCAGCUCUCUCUACGGCGAUGGCGGCGAUUUUGCCACGUCCUACUCAAUCCUCGACGAAGUGGCCGAGGUGGAAGGCCUGCGUCCCAAGGUAACGAUCCGCUCGGCGGGCGAUCGCUUUGUGCUGGCCGAGUACGGCGACAUGACGGCCGACAUCCUGCACCGGUGCCGUAUCGAGCUGCUGGUGCGCGAACUGAUCAAGCAAAAGGACGAGGCGGGCAUCGUCGACCUCAACCCGAACCUGCGCAGCCUGACGGUGCAAUUUGACCCGAACCGGACCAGCAUGAAGGCGCUGGUCGAGCGCCUCAAGGGCAUCGAGGAGACGCUGCCGAGCGCCACCGAAGUCAAGAUCCCCACGCGCGAAUUUACGCUGCCCGUGACGUUCGACGACCCAGAGAUCAAGCUCUCGGUGCAAAAGUACAUGGAGACGGUGCGCUCCAAGGCCGUCUACUUGCCUGACAAUAAGGCGUACCUGGCCGAGGCCAACGGCUUCAGCUCGGCCGCCGAGGUCGAGGAGGCCAUUGUCGGAUGCUCGCAGCUGGCAGUGGCCGUCGGCUUCUACUUUGGCACGCCAAUCCUGCUUCCACUGGAUCCGAGCAAGAGGCUGCGAUGCCAAAAGUAUAACCCAACCCGCCUGUCGACGCCAGCAGGCGCGCUUGGCCACGGCGGCAGCUGCUACGCCAUCUACCCGUGCACUGCUCCCGGCGGCUACCCGCUCCUCGGCCGGACGCUGCCGUGCUGGGCGGGCUUCGGCGACAAGCCCGGGUUCUCUCCCGGGAAGCCCUACCUCUUUGAGAACUUCGACACCAUCCGCUUCGAAAAGGUCGACCAGGCCACCUACGACAAGGCGCUGCGAGACUUUGACGCGGGAAGCUACAAGUGGAAGGUGCGCGAGACGGUGUUCGACGUGGCCAAGCAGUCGGCGUUCCUCGAGACGGUGGCGGACAAGGCCAAGCAGUUCCGGCAGCAGCAGGAGGCGGCGCUGGAGAAGACCAAGCAGAAGGAGGACAGGCUUUACGCCGAGUGGACGAAGGAGGUCGAGGAGGCGGCUGCCAAGAAGGCGGCGGGGUCGGGCACUUCUUCGAGCGGUGCGUCGAUCGAAGACUUUGACGACGAUCCCGACGCCAUCCCGAUUCCAUCGAGCCUGGCCGCCAACGUGUGGAAGGUGCUGGUGAAGCCGGGCGAGCGCGUCGAGGCGGGCCAGAAGGUGGCCAUCCUGGAAGCCAUGAAGAUGGAGAUUGACGUCGUCGCGCCCGAAGGGUGCACGUCGAUCAAGGCCAUCAUCAAGCCGCCGGGCAGCAGCGUCGCGCCUGGCGAUGCCGUCCUCGUCGGCGGCCGCGGAUAG